AAAGCUCGGCAGCCUGGCUGGUAUCCUGCAUCAGCUGGUGCGUCCCGUCUGUCCAGUCCAUCCUCAGAGAUGCUAUCAGGGCUGCCCUCCCUGCUAGGCUUGGCCGUGCUGUGGCUGAGCAGCGUCGUCCCCCGGGGCCUCUCAGAGCAGUCUAUGAAAUGUUUUCCUGAGAUGGGUCCAUCUGCAGAGUGGAUGGUGAGAAACGAUCUGACUCCAGGAGGGUUGCAGACCCUCCAUGUGGAUCCCGUUGCCAUCCCCGAGACCAAUUUGGAGGAAGUCCUUUUGAACAUAAGCUGGACACUCAAGCGAGAUGGCAGCAUCAAGAUGCUAAAGGCCACCAAGAUCUGUGUGGACGGAAAAGGCCGAUUCUCAUCCUACAGCUGUGUGAGAUGCAAUUACACAAAAGCAUUUCACAAUCAAACCCCACCCAAUGGCAGAAAAUGGGAGUUUCAUUACAUUGGAUUCCCUAUAAAGCCAGAAACCUCUUAUUUCAUAAGGGCCCAUAAUAUCCCACCUGCAAACAUGAAUGAAGAUACCACAGCCAUAUCUGUGAAAUUCAUCUCCCCAGGCUGCCAAGAGCCAGUGAUGAAAUACACAAAAAAGUGCCAGGAAUAUGGGAGCCUGUGGAGCCCAAACAUCACCGCAUGUCAGAAGGAGAAGAGUGUGGAGGUGAAUUUUAGCACCAGCAGCCUGGGGUUCAGAUACACAGUCCUGAUUGAGAAUGACGAUAUCCUCAUGGCCACAGACAUCUUGGAGCUGAACCAGAGCCGGGUUUCUGUGGCCAUCCCAGUGACGGCGGAGGAAGGGAAAGGGGCUGUGGUACAGAUAAUUCCUUAUUUCUCUACAUGCAACAAUGACUGCACACGGCACAGAGGAACUAUAUUCAGCUGCCCAGAAAUCAUCAACCCAGGAGGCUCGAACAACAGCCAACCAAGGAGUCACCGGCUGUUCCUUAUUCUCCCCACUCUGAGUGUGGCCGUGUGGGUGUUAGCAGUUGGACUCUAUCUUCUCUGGAGGCACGACAAGGUCAAGAAGAACCUUUUCCACAAGCCCACGCUGCUUCGACCCAUUAAGGUGCUUGUUGUGUACCACCCCCAUGUCUGCUUCUACCACACCAUCUGCGACUUUGCUGAGUACCUGCAGGGUCACUGCAGGAGUGACGUCAUCCUCGACCAGUGGCAGAAGAGGAAGAUAGCGGACAUGGGCCUUGUCUUGUGGCUCACGACCCAGAAGAAGGAGGCGGCCAAGGUUGUGUUCCUCUUCUCCAGCCCCACGGGCUCCUGUGACAGCUCCUGUAACCCCAGUGUGGGCAGGCACAGAGAGGGCUCCCAAGACCUCUUUGCUCUCGCAUUCAACCUUUUCUGUAGUGACCUGAGAAGCCAAGUUUCCUUGGAUAAGUACCUGGUUGUCUUGCUCGGGGAGGCUGCCUUGGAUGAGGAUCACAGUGCUCUCAGCGUCUGUCCCACAUACCAGCUCAUGAAGGACGCCAACCCCUUCUGCAAAGACCUCCUCACCGUCUAGCCCCGGGGACCUGCUGCACACCUCAGGGCGAGCUCGUGCCAGCUAAUCAUCCCCAUGCUGCUUCAAGGAGACAAAUGACCAAGGGACCAGGAAGA